AUGGCCCCCGCCGGCGUCCUACUUUGCUUGCUCUCUGCAGCGGUCUUCUCUCUACUGGACGGAAGCGCGGCCUUCCUGUCCCACCACCGCCUGAAAGGCAGGUUUCAGAGGGAUCGCAGAAACAUUCGUCCCAACAUCAUUCUGGUGCUGACGGACGACCAGGACGUGGAGCUCGGUUCCAUGCAGGUGAUGAACAAGACGCGGCGCAUCAUGGAGCAGGGCGGGGCGCACUUCAUCAACGCCUUCGUGACUACGCCCAUGUGCUGCCCCUCGCGCUCCUCCAUCCUCACCGGGAAGUACGUCCACAACCACAACACCUACACCAACAAUGAAAACUGCUCCUCGCCCUCCUGGCAGGCACAGCACGAGAGCCGCACCUUUGCCGUCUAUCUCAACAGCACGGGCUACCGGACAGCUUUCUUCGGGAAGUACCUCAAUGAAUACAACGGCUCCUACGUGCCACCAGGCUGGAAGGAAUGGGUCGGCCUCCUCAAAAACUCCCGCUUUUAUAACUACACGCUGUGUCGGAAUGGAGUGAAGGAGAAACAUGGCUUUGACUACUCCAAGGACUACCUGACAGACCUGAUCACCAAUGACAGUGUGAGCUUCUUCCGCACGUCCAAGAAGAUGUACCCGCACAGACCUGUGCUCAUGGUCAUCAGCCACGCAGCCCCCCACGGUCCUGAGGACUCAGCCCCCCAGUACUCAAGCCUCUUCCCUAACGCGUCUCAGCACAUCACCCCGAGCUACAACUACGCACCCAACCCCGACAAGCACUGGAUCAUGCGUUACACGGGGCCCAUGAAGCCGAUCCAUAUGCAGUUCACCAACAUGCUGCAGCGGAAGCGCCUGCAGACCCUCCUGUCGGUGGACGACUCCAUGGAGACGAUUUACAACAUGCUGGUGGAGACUGGUGAGCUGGACAACACCUACAUCGUGUACACAGCCGACCACGGCUACCACAUUGGCCAGUUCGGACUGGUGAAAGGGAAGUCCAUGCCUUACGAAUUCGACAUCAGGGUCCCGUUCUACGUGAGGGGCCCCAACGUGGAGGCCGGCUCCCUGAAUCCCCACAUCGUGCUCAACAUCGACCUGGCCCCCACCAUCCUGGACAUUGCCGGGCUGGACAUCCCCUCAGAUAUGGACGGGAAAUCCAUCCUCAAGCUACUGGACACAGAGCGGCCGGCGAAUCGGUUUCACUUGAAAAAGAAGCUGAGGGUCUGGCGGGACUCCUUCCUGGUGGAGAGAGGCAAACUGCUGCACAAGAGGGACAGCGAUAAGGUGGAUGCCCAGGAGGAGAACUUCCUGCCCAAGUACCAGCGCGUCAAGGACCUGUGUCAGCGCGCCGAGUACCAGACGGCGUGUGAACAGCUGGGGCAGAAGUGGCAGUGCGUGGAGGACACCUCGGGGAAGCUGAAGCUGCACAAGUGCAAGGGCCCCGCGCGGCCCGGGGGCAGGGCCGUCUCCAACCUGGUGCCCAAGUACUACGUGCAGGGCAGCGAGGGCUGCACCUGCGACGGCGCGGACGGCCAGCUCACCCUGGCGGGACGGCGGAAGAAGCUCUUCAAGAAGAAGUACAAGGCCAGCUACGCCCGGAAUCGCUCCAUCCGCUCCGUGGCCGUCAGGGGGCACCACGUCAGCCCGGACGACGCGUCCCAGCCCCGCAACCUCACUAAGCGGCACUGGCCAGGAGCCCCUGAGGACCAAGAGGACAGGGACGGCGGGGACUUCAGUGGCACUGGGGGCCUCCCGGACUACUCGGCCCCUAACCCCAUUAAAGUCACACAUCGGUGCUACAUCCUGGAGAACGACACGGUCCAGUGUGACCUGGACCUGUACAAGUCCCUGCAGGCCUGGAAGGACCACAAGCUGCACAUUGACCACGAGAUCGAGACCCUGCAGAACAAAAUCAAGAACCUAAGGGAAGUCCGAGGUCACCUGAAGAGAAAGCGGCCAGAAGAAUGUGACUGUCACAAAAUCAGUUACCACGCCCAGCACAAAGGCCGCCUCAAGCACAAAGGCUCCAGCCUGCAUCCUUUCAGGAAGGGUCUGCAGGAGAAGGACAAGAUGUGGCUGCUACGGGAGCAGAAGCGCAAGAAGAAGCUCCGCAAGCUGCUCAAGCGCCUGCAGAACAACGACACGUGCAGUAUGCCGGGCCUCACGUGCUUCACCCACGACAACCAGCACUGGCAGACGGCGCCCCUCUGGACGCUGGGGCCUUUCUGCGCCUGCACCAGCGCCAACAACAACACGUACUGGUGCAUGAGGACCAUCAACGAAACCCACAAUUUCCUCUUCUGUGAAUUCGCGACCGGCUUCCUGGAGUACUUCGAUCUCAACACAGACCCCUACCAGUUGAUGAAUGCAGUGAACACCCUGGACAGGGACGUCCUCAAUCAGCUACACGUGCAGCUCAUGGAGCUGAGGAGCUGCAAGGGUUACAAGCAGUGUAACCCCCGGACCCGGAACAUGGACCUGGGACUGAAAGAUGGAGGAAGCUAUGAGCAAUACAGGCAGUUUCAGCGUCGAAAGUGGCCAGAAAUGAAGAGACCUUCUUCCAAAUCACUGGGACAGCUGUGGGAAGGCUGGGAAGGUUAA